CGACUUUCUGUUGACACACAUACAGCCAUUACCUGGUUGUGAGCUACUGGCUUUCAAGGCGUCAUUAUGGAACCGUGACCCUGCAGCACGGCCAAAGAUAAAUAUCCGAUUUACAAAACCACGUGAGGGCAAUGCUGGAAAUUGUGGUGAGAAAACAUUGUUGGCAGUUUGCCGUGAUGGGUCGUCGAAGAAUGUAAACUUGCUGCAAUAUAACAAAGCUGAGGAUAAGUGGCAAGAAUAUGCGAUUAUAAAAAUCGAUUACAGUUCUUAUAGUAAUAUUAUAAAGGAUGAUAAUAUAUUAUUUAUUGGCGGUGGUAAAGGUGGUACAGCAUUAAACAUCGCCCGCAGCUGGAAUAUACGAAAUAAAACAUGGCUACAUUUGCCCAACAUGAAGGUAGCAAGAUGGCAACACUGCGUUGUCGAAUUAGAUGGUAACAUCUACGCGAUUGGUGGUGCUGAUGGUAAAAAUGUUCUGUCGUCCGUAGAAAGAUAUACGACAUCCGGUGGUUGGGAGUUAGUGAAAAGUUUGAAUGUUGGACGAUACGACGCCAGUGCAGUGACUUUGAAUGGUGAAAUUUACGUAGUGGGCGGGGUAAAUGAAGAUAGGACUAAAUCAAAAUCCGUCAAAUGCUACAACCCGGAUUCGAAUACUUGGACUUCUUGUGCGGAUAUAAGAAAUUAUUACCAGCAACCUGGUGUAGCUGUACAUAACGGUCACAUUUAUGUUGCAGGCGAUAAAAUGUUGAACGUUACGAUCCUCAGCGAAACAUGUGGUCUCAGGAUAAUUAAGUUGAUUUUUGCCAAUCGCUUGGUAUAAAACUAAAUAAUUUUAAAACAUUUCGCAGAUUUGCUCUUGGAUGGUAACAAUAGGUCUUUAGUAUCGCUAGACAUAAACUAUGGGCUAUUUGGAACCACUCAGAAUGUUCUUCGGAGGCAUGUGUAUCAGUCUAUGACGAGCAUAAUAAUCGUUGGCAACAAAAAUGCUCAUGUCCCAAAACAUACGUGGAGAACUGUUUUGUUGUGCCAGAAUCCUUACUGUCGUCGAAAUGAUUCAAAAUUGUACCUUUUUUUAUUGAAUAAAUUCUUUUCAAAUAAAUUCUCUUAUGAGAAAUAAUAAAAACAAAA